UAACGUACGCCCAGCGUGGAACUGUGUGCUCAUCGCAACCCGUGUAGCCAUGGGUUAUGACAUAGAGCGUUUCUGUGAAACGAUCGAAGAAAAUUUGAAAUGCAGUGUAUGUUUGGGUGUAUUGGAGGAUCCGCUAGCUACGCCAUGUGGUCAUGUAUUUUGCUCAUCGUGUGUUCUACCAUGGGUUGUGCAGAACGGGAACUGCCCCUUGAAAUGCGAGAAUUUCUCACCCAAGGAACUGAACAGCGUUCUGCCGCUUAGGAAUAUAAUUCAGAAACUCGAAGUACGUUGUGAAUAUCACCGACGUGGAUGCAACGAAAUGGUGAAAAUACACAAUUUAUCGCAGCAUGUAGAAGACUGUGAUUACCUGCCAAUACAGUGCUCCAAUAAGGGCUGUCGAGUAGUGCUGAAUAUCAAAGACCAGCUACAGCACGAGACACAAACAUGUGAAUAUAGACCUGUGGGUCAGUGUAAGAACGGCUGUGGAUUAACGCUGUUGUGCCGUGACGUACACGGACACGAAUGUCUGAAGGCACUUCAGGCACAUGUCGCCUCGCAACAGGUCAAACUGGUCAGUUUGGAGCACGAUCUUAAGAAAAUGGCCAUUCGUUAUAGCAAACGCGAGAAGUCGCUUGUGGUCCAAUUGGCUACUUUGCAAAACGAAAUUCACAUGCAAGCGCUACGCUACCAAAAGAAAUUGAAUGAAUACAAAUCGCAGAUCCAGUAUUUGAGUAAACGGGCUACCAGCGCGGAAAAGCAGCCUUGUGAAGAAGCGACAAUGUCGAUCUCCCUCGAACGAGAAAAUGGUAGCCUGGGUUUCAAUAUAAUGGGCGGAAAUCGGAUUGAUGGUGCUUUGCCUGCUGAAGGAAUUGUUGUUUCCAGAGUUACGGAUCACGGUCCAGCAGACAGGGGCAAGCUCAAAGUGAACGACCGCAUUAUACAGGUCAACGGCAAGGAUCUGUCAAGAGCGUCUCACGAAGAAGCAGUUGAAGCGUUCAGGAAUGCUUCUGAACCAAUUAUUGUGCAAGUUUUAAGAAGAACGUCUCGGACGAAAUUAAAAAGUAGAGAAUCAACAACAUGCAGUGUAUCAACGCAAACAGAUAUUCAAAUGGAUAAUUUUUAUACAAACUCCAUUCAUAGAUGUCCUACACCACCGCCAAUGUCAAUGUCAAUUAAAGGACUAUGUGAAAUAUCUCCACAACAGCCGAUGACAUUAAUUGACAAUGAUUUACUAAAUGAACUUGACAGUGUAGAUAAUUAUGAUUUUCCCCUGCUGGAUGAAGGGCUUGAUAAAGGCUAUGAAAUGGAAUACGAGGAGGUGUUUUUGAGGAGAAGAAAUAACAAUGACAAACUGGGACUGACGCUGUGUUAUGGCACUGAUGAUGAAGAAGAAACGGGAAUAUUUGUUAGCGAGAUCGAACCUUAUAGUAUAGCGGGACAAGAUGGCCGAAUACGGGAAGGAGAUCAGAUUCUGCAGAUCAAUGGAGUGGACGUACACAAUAAAGACCAGGCCAUCAUGCUGUUUUCCCAAGACCGACAAGAAAUUGCGAUUCUUGUCUGUAGACCUCAGUUACAGGAGUGUAGCCAUAAUGACGAAGGUGGCACCACCGACACAGGGACUACAGAAAAUACGUCCACUCACCACGAGAAAGACAGUGGUGUUGGAAGAACAGAUGAAAGCACUCGCAACGAUGAAAGCUCAGAACAAGAAAUUCUUGGCGAUGAUUGUCAGAAGAAUCCAGGAGGCGAUUCUGGCAGCCUCGGCAGUGGUGGUGAAUUGAGACAUAGUAACGACAGCUUCACUUCAACAGAUCUACCUGACCAAGAUUUCACGGGACAUGAAAUUUCUGUGGAAGAAUGCAUGAAAUUUAAAGAAGCCCUAGCCAGUAAGUGUGACAGAUCACAAUGUAAAUCAGUGCCCGAGUGUAACGGUCGUACAAAUGAUACAAUCGGUGCUACUGAUUCCUCGUCACGGGACUACAUACAUCAUUUACACAACUCUGACCUGCCAUUAUACGCUGAUGACAACCUCGGAUACAACAAUGUUGUCUAUGAAGGAGACAUCAGCAGACAAACUGACGAUGAUGUGUGGGUUGCUCAAGAUUUCGCAAGGUCACACGAAAUCAUACUAACUACUAUACCUGAAGAUCAAUUAAGUCUCAAAAGAAUGUCGUCGGACAGUGAGAAAGAGAAACAAGGAAAGUUGGGAAGGGAGCCGAGCCAGGAAAGCAUUCAAACAGAGGAACUCGGACAAGCACGAGCUGCUUUGACCUUGCACUUGAGAUCAAGCACAGAAUUUGAACAAACUAGAAACAAGGAUAGAAACCGAGAUAGCAGUUCUGAAAAAGAAAGUUCUGGUUCUGGAAAACAAAUAAAUAAAUGUGGCACACCAACAAAGCAUGAUGGGAAAUCUCAAAGGGCUGGAAGUCCCUCUAAGUCUAAACCAAAAGAAAAAUCUGGUGCCAAAGAAAGAAUGAGUAGCCCAAGUAAAGAUAAACGAGACUCCAAUCAAAAUCAGAUUUCAUCAAGCCAUCAUCAGAAGAACAGCAAUAGAAAACAGGUUUCCAAUGACAAUGGAGGCAUUAAUCAACAAAAUUCGUGUUUGCGAGAACAGAACAGAAAGCUACAUGAACAGAAUAUGCAUCUAAGACGCAGUAUGCAUCGCCUUUCUGAGGUUGGAAUGUCCGUGCCUAGUUACGCGCAGCAUUAUCAGAGUUAUCUCCAUUUAAUUCAGCAACGUGAAGACAUGUCGUUGAGUUCGGCUGUUAAGAAAGAAAAGCCAGAUACAGAAUGGAAAGUAAAAGUCAGAAGUGAUGGCACGCGAUACAUAACGCGUAGACCAGUCAGAGAUCGUCUACUGAAACAGAGAGCUAAUAGGAUUCGAGAGGAAAGGAGCGGAAUGACGACAGAUGAUGAUGCUGUUAGCGAAGUCAAAACUGGUCGCUAUUGGAGCAAAGAAGACAAAAAGAGGCACUUAGAGAGGGCCAGGGACCAAAAACAGCGCAAAGAGUUUAUGAUUAGGGCACGAAUGGAAUCUUUGAAAGAACAGAAUGAGGAUGGCGAUGCAAUUAAGAAAGAAAGCAUUGUAGAAUUGAGUCAUAAGAAAAUGUUGAAAAAGAAAGGACGAAAAAUAUUUGACGACUUUGUGACAGUGCAGGAAAUGCUUGCGCAUGGUAGUAAACUAAGUCCUGAAACGCUGAAACAGUUCAAUCCACUACUAAAUGUAACCACUGUGUAA